UUUGACUGAUGACAGGCUGUUUACUUCUACUCCUCAUGUAUCCAUAUUCUUCUUGUAAAUUACAAAGUCAACUGUGCACCAAGUAGAAAGUGAUCUUAAGAUGUUGGUGUUCAGCAUUUUACUUGUGGUGAUUUCUGGAUAGCUGGACUUUGUUUUUGUGAAACUUGUCAAGUACAGAGCAAGAUCAUUUGGUGUUGGACCAGCACAAGGUGAAAUUGAAGCAGCAUGCAGGAGCAUGACGUGGCUCAUCCAACGUCAUUACCGCUGUUAUUGCAAGAGAGCUACCUGGUUGAUGCCAACUAUAGACAUAGUGAGUUUGGCUGUGGGACUCAGAGAGAAAAAGUUGAGGAAUAUGGGACUCAAGAGGAACACCAGUUUCCUGAUCUGUCUGCUUUCCUGAGCCAGGAGGAACUGGAUAAAAGUGUUGACCUUGCCCGCAAGUCUAUUGGCAAUGAACAAGAUGAAAGGAUAGAUGGCUGUCCACAAAUCAUUUCUUACUCUGCCACUAUCAUAAAACCCACAUUAGAAAGAAUGGAUGAAGGAGAAAUGCUCCAGGCCCCUAUCCUGGACAACAAACUUGGGAGCAUUGGAAAUCCAAGGGAGCCCCCAGCAGACUUUAAGAGAACCAUAAGGAACACUCCAUAUGGCCUAGAGACUCAGUCCAAGAAAGAGUUCCUUAACAAAGCAGCUGACUUCAUAGAGGAGCUUUCUUCCCUCUUCAAGGCCAACAACUCAAAGCGGGUUCGGCCUAGAGCCUGCAGAACUCAAAGAAGCCGAAACCAGAUCAAACAUCAGGCUGAAACAGCUCCAUUUAUCCAUUAUCCAGAGAAUAGGGAAAGAUCUAUUCACCAUAAUGAACCUCUGAAGAACCAUGCCCAGAAUAACCAGGUUAAAGAAGUUCCAUACAACACAAUGCAAGAGGAGUCAGAAUGCAUGAUGGAAUGUGAAGUUCCAGCCAUGAUGGAGCCUGAAAGCUCAGAGCCUGUGUAUGAACCCCCACAUUUUAUACAAAAACUCAAAAGCAGAGAGGUGGCAGAGGGAAGCAAGGUUCACCUGGAUUGCAUUGUGAGAGGAUUCCCAGUACCAGAGGUUCGGUGGUUUUGUGAGGGUAAAGAGUUGGAAAAUAGCCCUGAUAUUCAAAUUAUAAAUAAUGGUGAGCUGCACUCACUGAGUAUCUCAGAGGCUUUUGAAGAAGACACAGGGCGAUACUCUUGCUUUGCCUCCAACUUUUGUGGCACAGACUCAACAUCAGCAGAAAUCUAUAUUGAAGGUGCCUCAUCUUCUGAUUCUGACACGGAACAGCAUUUUGAAGCACAACUACACAAAAGAGUUCCACAGUGUUCCCUUACUAUACCACCAGUGGCCUACACUGCACCUCUGAAUACUGAAGACUCCAAGUCAGAUCUGACAUCCUCUCUCAACCAACCAGUUCCAUUCGAUACCCCAUCAACUCUGUUCAAUGACCUAGCCUCUUCUACCAUAUCAAUUGAAGUAGAUAUAAACCCUGCUCAAGUAAAUAGUUCUCAGAUAACAGUCAAGGAACCCUCUACUGCACCAUCUCAGAUGAUUUCCUCAACAUGCACUGCCCAGUUAGUCAAUACUUCAACACCUGCCCAUGGCCAAGAAAUCUCCAAUCUUCUGUCUACAACUCAACACAAUUUUACUGAGAACCAAAACUGUAACAGUUAUCCACAAGGCUUAGAUGGAAGACCAAUAAUGGCUGCACCUGUUUUUACAAAGAGUCUUCAAGAUGUUCUUGCUCUUGAGGGUCAGCUAGUGGUACUGGAAUGCCAUGUUAAGGGAGUCCCCUCACCAAGAGUCAACUGGUACCGUGAGGGGUCACUCAUCGAGGAUUCUCCUGACUUCAGGAUUCUGCAAAAGAAGGAGAGAUUCACUUUGGUUAUUGCUGAAGUCUUCCCUGAAGAUUCUGGGACAUUCACUUGCACAGCCAGCAAUAAAUAUGGCACAGUAUCAAGCAUUGCUGUGUUGAAGGUGAAAGGAAAUGACAACAGGAACUAUACCAAAGCUUUGAGCACUUCAGCUGUGGACCUUUCUUACCACAGUGUCCUGGAAUCUGUCCUUUUAACAGAAACAAAAUAUCCCCUGACAUCCUGUCUGAAGAGUAAAUCAGAGAGGGUGCUGGAGAACAACACUGAGUCACGGUCCAGCUCUCGAGUGGGUCUCCGUGUAACAUUUAAGCUUCCAGAGGAUGACGAGAAAAAAUCAAUUAGCCAGGAAGGCAUGCUAUCCAAUAAAGAGCCCCCACCAGUGCUUGCUAAACCUAAACUUAAUCCAUUGCAGCUCCAAACUCUUCACAACCAAAUACUUUUGGAGCAGCAGCAGGAGAGUGCUCCGCUUUGCCAAGAGUUCUCACAAUCAGACCGUGCAAGUCGUGAACCAGAGUGCAAGAAAGAGAAUUUGCUCCCUCCAUUAAAUCCAGUACCAUCAGCACUUAUGCAAACCUCUGCACCUUUGAUAAACACAUUUUCAGUGGCAAAGAUGAACACUUCCCCUCUUUCUUUACUAAGUACCACUCCUGCCCUAUCACCUAAUAACAAUGCACCUGCAAGCCAUGGUGAUUCUAUUCCUCUGAAAGAGAACAACCCUGUAAUCUUGCAUGACAACCAUCCCAUAUCUCAACAAAAUAUGUCUCUCAACUCCCAAUUAAAUACUCUCUCUAUAAAUCCGAUUCCUUUUACAGAGAUACCAAAAAUGAUUUUACAUCCCAGAGCUCUUAUGUCAUCCUUUAAUAUGGUGUCAUUUAAACCAGAGCCCCCUACUGUAGCCCCAACUGUAGCUCCAAUAUCUUCCAUCUCCAAUUUAAAUGCCACAUGUACAACUUCCUUGUCUCAGCUCACAACUCCUAGAAUAUCAGUGACUCAACCUAAUGUGGGUCCCUCUACAUCUUUGUCCCCAUUUGGUUUGACUACAAAAGCCCAACUGAAUCCAUGCCCCACAGCCAAAAUAAAUAUGACUUCAACUAUUCCUUCCACUCCCAUAUCUCAAAUGAACAUGGCUCUGACCACUUGGAUGAGAUCAAAGCCUAUUAUGCAUGUUGAUAUGGCUGUCUCUACAAAAAAUUCACUGAACAAAUCUGGAAUUAUCCCUGAAACUAUACAGAAUAUCACCCCACUGAAUAAACUUAGCUUGGAGCCAGCAUUGGUACAGAAAGAUAAUUAUCAAAUUGCAAACAGUGUGACACUGAAUUGUACCACCCCCCUGCAUUCGUUUAAAAAUGCCCCUUUACCUUUUCUGAGCACAAUGUCUGCUUCCAGUAUUCAGACUCCACCAGUAUAUAUCACUCCAAUUUCAAGUGCAAAUUCUUUGCAGAGUGAGAAUUACACUAGAUCUAAGGAGUUAACUGUUGCCUCUAAUCUUUCGCCUGUCAGGAUUCCUUCACCAACUGUAUCCCCUGUUCCAAUAUUUCAUGAAUUAGCUACACAAUUAUUUCCCAGACCUACCAUGGAUUUUACCUCACCCAUCAAUCAUGUGGAACCCCCAGUAGUAAGCAGUCAUCCACAUGUUUCAUCAAUACCUCUGGCUCUGGUGAAUCCAGCAUGUGCAGUACAGCCUCAGUCGUCAUCGCAGGCCUCUUCUAACAGCUCUUCACCUAGCCCUAUUCAGAACUCAGUGGCCUUUCUCAGCUCUGUUCUACCUGCUUUGCCAACAUGUCCUCCAACCAAUGCCAUGGGACUCCCCAUGAGGGCCCCACCUGGGUCUCAAGUCACCCUGAGGAAAGAUCACAGAGGGUCUCAUCCCAUGUCAUAUGAUAUCCAUAACAGCAGAGAAACUCUCUCAAAUGAUACUCAAAAAAUGUUUCAAUUUAAAAAUGAACUGCCUUAUUAUGGACAAAAGGAAUACAAAAUCUCAAACUUUGAACAAAGGCUGAUGAAUGAGAUUGAAUUUCAUCUUGAGAGAACUCCAGUAGAGGAAUCAGAUGACGAGAUUCAGCAUGAUGAGAUUCCCACAGGGAAAUGUAUUGCCCCCCUGUUUGACCAGAAACUGAAGAAUUUCCGGGUUAUGGAAGGGGUUCCUGUCACAUUUACUUGUAAAGUGGUUGGGAUUCCUAUACCUAAGGUUUACUGGUUUAAGGAUGGGAAACAGAUUUUCAAGAAAAAUGAGCACUUUAAAAGAAUAAGAAGUGGGGAUGGAACAUGUUCUUUGCAUAUCGAAGCUGCCACUAAUGAUGAUGAUGGCAAUUAUACUGUUAUGGCAGCAAAUCCUCAGGGAAGAAUGAGCUCCACAGGCCAUUUGAUAGUACAGUCAGGAAUUGUGCGAAGUAGGCCUAUGGUUCAUUCUCAGAGGGUAAGAACCCGUGUAAAGCAAGUGGAGGGAGAGCCUAGUGAGGAGCAUUUUUUCCACCCUCAUUUUUUGCAGGCUCCUGGUGACAUGGUGUCUCAUGAGGGCAGGAUCUGUAGAUUAGAUUACAAGGUGAGCGGACUGCCCUAUCCAGAGAUGAUUUGGCUCCUGAAUGGAAAACCAGUAUAUCCAGAUUUGAAUCAUCGUAUGUUGGUGAGAGAAAAUGGGAUUCACUCUCUAGUAAUUGACCCUCUCACAAAAGGUGAUGCUGGGACCUACACAUGCAUUGCAUCAAACAAAGCUGGACAGAGUUCAUUCUUCCUUGAGCUAAGCGUUGUUGAGAAAGAGACAAAACAAGCCCCCAUGUUUGUGGAAAAGUUGCAGAACAGAGGCAUUGCAGAAGGUCUUCCUGUCCGUUUAGAAUGUCGGAUAGUUGGGAUGCCAACACCUGUGAUUUACUGGAAGAAAGAUAAUGACACCAUCUCUAACUCUAAAGAGAGAUAUAGCUUACACCAAGAUACCACAGGAUAUGUUUGCCUCCUCAUUCAACCAAGCAGGAAAGAGGAUGCUGGCUGGUAUACAGUGUCUGCAAAAAAUGAGGCUGGUGUACUUUCAUGCACAGCCAGACUAGACAUUUAUGCCCAAUGGCAUCAACAGAUCCAUUCACCAAUUAGGAAUGCAUCAUUUACUGGAAAUCACUAUUCACCACCAACUGGUGAAGGUCCAGAUAUUAAGCCAGUGUUUCCCAAAUCUGAAAACCACCUCAUGAUAUUCUCCACCUCCCAAGAAGAGUGUACACCACAAAGUGAGGAGCUCUGAAUGCUAAUAACCUAAUAACAACCAUAUUUUUAUUUUAAAAGCACCUAGAGGUAUCUGUUACAUUUAUUUUUUUCUUUCAGUGGGCAAUGUUUAACAGGUGUGUUAACAGCAUGUGCUCUAUUAAUGCAUGUAUGAUUUGUAUUUAAAUUGCCAAAUGAGUUUAUAAUAAUUCAUAUAAAUGACAGUAUAAUAGCUAAUGUUGGUUAAUCAAACUAAUGAAUAUUUGCAUACACAAUGAAAGUAAAUAGCAGUACAGAAAUGCAAUUAUGAUUGAGAAAGUUGAGACUCAACUAUACCAGCUGUAUGCACCAUUUUUUGAUUUUUUUAACUUUAGUUUUGAAAGUUUUUUUUGUUUAUGAGCUACAAAUUUGCCUGUCAAUUCUCCAAGCAUCAUCUCAAAUAAAGUCAACAAGAAAAAAUAAAAUGUCAAAGUUUCAGUUUCUCUUUUCAAAAAAUUUUCCCCCCAGCCUAACAAAUCAAAUUAAAAUUUCUGUAGUAAUAAGUGUAAGGAAACAUAUGGGGAAAAAAGCUAGCUAUCCAUUAAUCUUGCUGUAUUAAACAUCUUUAUGACAAUUUUUUUUGUCAAAACAGGUUGAAUUUGGGAUUAUUCAAUCAGUAUGUUUUAAUAGCUGUAUGUAUUUCUGCUUUAUGCUUUCAUGUGCCCUGAGCUACCUAAAAUACAAACACAUCAAAUACUACUUUGCUUAAAUUAAAAUCUCUGCAAAAAUCUCUGUUGUACAUUGUUUUGGGAUCUACUGAAGUGUAGGUGAUUAACAAAUGCAUUGGCUAACAAAUACAUCUGUGUAUUUAUUUCUUACCAAAUGAAAAUUGCAAAGGUUUGAUGGGAACAGCCUUCAAUGCCCUACAGAAAUAUAGAAACAGUAAAUCAUAAUGUAUACCAAUGGAUAUCAAUAUUGAGGAUCAACAGAUUUAGAACACAUACCUUGCACCUUAUUAAGAAAUACCUACCAGAUAGAGGUAGAAACUAGUCCAUUUGAGUUUCAUAAUGAUAAAGCGCCAAUUCUAAUAAAGCGCCUCUAAUUGUAUUGAACAUUGCCAGUAUUUGACUACUCUUUAUAUUGCCCCUAUUAAACUGUAUAUUUUUACUGCA